AUUGCGGACCAUUAAACUACCGGGCCGCGACUGACAACUGGCCAACUCAUCGUUCACGGGCCCUCCACUCUCCGGGCUCUGGGAGAGAACAAGGUCCUGAAGCGGCGCGGGUGAGGAUAGUCAACGAGCUAGAAAGUCCUGAGAAAAGCUGCACCCGACUUGAGAAAGGGCUGGGAGUGGGUGCGGCCCGAAACCCAGAGGACAGCAAAGGUCCUGGGAAAAAGGAGCUCCUGGCACCGAGAGCGGCGAGGGGGGAUGCGUCCCAGCGCCCGGGAUGCCAAGGAAGAGUGAGUCUGAGGCCAGUGGAUGAACUGACAGAAGAUAAAAGAUUCCAAAAAAGGAUGCGUGAGAGGGCCGCACAGAACUGGAGCACGUGCGGCUGGCUGCUAGCACUUGGCCUGGUCUGGCUGUGGACCCACCUGGCCUCGGCUUCCUUGCAGCCUCCAACUCCAACAGUCCCCGUGAAGCAGGGCACCUGCGAGGUGAUUGCUGCUCACCGCUGCUGUAACCGGAACCGCAUCGAGGAGCGCUCCCAGACUGUCAAAUGCUCUUGCUUCUCUGGCCAGGUGGCCGGCACCACCCGGGCAAAGCCCUCCUGCGUGGACGCCUCCAUCGUCCUGCAGAAGUGGUGGUGUCAGAUGGAGCCCUGCCUGCUGGGCGAGGAGUGUAAAGUGCUCCCAGACCUGUCGGGGUGGAGCUGCAGCACCGGACACAAAGUCAAAACCACCAAGGUCACACGAUAGCUCUUGGGGGUCAUGACCUGACAGCUUGAUCGAGCCACCCACUGGAGAACGGUGUCCAGUUAUCAGCUGGAAAAUAUGGAGAUUCACUUCUCCGGACCCACACCCUGUGCAAAGUGCAGCAGCACUCUUUCCAGAGGUAUUGCAGUUAAGCUU